CCCCAGCGUUCCUCAACGUUGGCGUUCCUGGCCUACGCCGUGCGGGCUUACUUUUUACACACGUGUUCCGCUCCAACCAGUCUUGAAGACUCAUACCAGUGCAGCCAGCAAGCCACCUGGCUGGAGCUCACGGCCAAGGCACUAAAGGCUAGGGGCUGCCGAGGGGCUGCCGAGGCAGCUGCCAUGCCGGAAGCUCGCCUGCUCAUCGAAGAGGUGGUGCACCUUCCCGCCAAAACUUUUGGCGGGAAGGUGCAAUCAGAGCUAGGUUACGUAUCAUUGUUAUCGAGAUUAAAUAUUUACAAUGUCUGCUAUGAAUUUCUUAGGCGUAAGAGCCGAGCUAUGCAUAAACGGGUACGCGGUGCUACCCCGCUUUUUCGACGAAAACGAGCUAGACCAGCUGCGAUAUGAGGCCGAGCACGUUCUGGAGGCGAGCGGAGCGUAUGACCACGGUGACAGCGAGUCAAUUGCAGCAAGCAGGGGUUGCGUUUUCGAGGUGGUGCGCCCCGCUUACAGCUGCUUGCCAGCAGAACUAACAGCCCCGGGAUGCUCAGGCCAGGAAGGCGCCUGGGGCCGCAACCCCGUACUGGCGGGCGGCGGCCUAGCGUCAGCAGCGCCCGCCGCGCACAUGGCCAUGCUGCAGGCUGGCUCGUCUGCGAUGCGGCUGCCCGGGCUUGGCCUGAUGGGCUGUGCCAAGCUGCAUGCGCUGGUCUGCGCCGCACUGGGCUUUCCCUUGGAGGUGCUCAGCCAGCCUCACCUCCGGGCUGGGGCUGGGGCUGGGGCUGGGCCUGGGCCUGGGACUGCAGGCGUCGGCAUGCCAGCAGCCGGCGCUGGCGACAGCGGUAAAGACGCCGACGCAGCGGCACCUUACGAGGCUGCUGCGACAGGGGGCGGCAGGCACCCCGCGGUUGCUAGUGCGGGGGCAGCCGCAUGCCGUGGCGGCUGCGGCUGCGGCAGAGGCGAGGGCGGGGGCGGCAUUCUGCCGCCGCUGCCCUCAGACACAAGCUGCGCGCAGCAGGUGGCGAGUGCUGUCGCUGCUGGGUCGGUUAGCAAUACCGGUACUUGCAGCGGCGAUGGCGGCACGUGCGGCUGCAGCUGCAGUAGCCGCAAUAAUGGCGAGGGCAGUAGCAGCAGCGGCAUCGGCAGUAGCGGCAGUAGCAGCAGUGGCGGGGGCCCCUACCUGUUCAAUGAGCAGUUCAUUAUCAAGCCGCCACGCAGCUCGGCUCGCUGCGCGUUCGGCUGGCACCGCGACUCGGACUGGUGCCGGGGGCGGCCCGAGUUCCAGUACAGCCCCUACAUAUCUGUCUGGGCGGCUCUUGAUGACAUGGAUGCAGAGAACGGAGCGCUGGCUGUUGUGCCGCGCAGCCACUUGGCCCCAGCACCGCCCGCGGCUGCUGCGGCGCCUGUGGCGGGUGUGCAAGGCGGCGGCGCGGGGAUCGACGCUUGUGCUUGUGCUUUGGCGGGCGCGGCGCCUUCGGCAGCUACAGCUGCGGCAGCGCCGCAUCAGCUUCUGCUCGUGCCCGCUGGCACCGUGGUGGUCUUCUUAGACACCCUGCUCCACGCCUCCGGACCCAACACCUCUCGCCACAUGCGGCGGGCAUGGAUGCCCCAGUUCAGCGCCGAGCCCAUUCUGCGGCGCCGGCAAGCGCCGCCGCAACAUCAGCAGCAGGAGCUGCGGCUGCUGCAGGAGCCGCAGCAGACGCCGCAUCGAACAGAAUCAUUAGAGGCGCAGCAGCAGCCAGAGGAACAGCUCCGGCACCAGCCCCACCCCCACGGGUUGGCGGCGGGAGUGCUGGCGCCAGAUGCCAUGCGUGGUGGGCGCGGGCGGCCACAACAGCAGCCGCCCGCGCAGCAGCCGGUCGCCCUGGCAGUCCCGCUGAGGGCACUCGCGGGCGCGUCGUAGGGAUUGCCGUGUAGGCGUUACCUUGGGCUGAGCUUGCUGGCGGUGGUGGUUGCGGCCGUGCGGGUGCAGUACAUAAGCAGUACGGACGGACGGUACCGUGAUGAAUCUGUGUGUCGUGGUGUUGCGAGUGGCUGCUGGGGCUGACCAUCGCCGAUGCGCAUCUGCCUUGUAACGGCGGCUUACU